AUGCAGAAAUACUUCAAGUUCGUCUGUCGUCCGAUUCCCUGCGUGCUUUUUCCUUGCACGUGCUCAGAGAUCCACUUCAAAAAUACUUUCAAGUUCUGCCUGUGUCCGAUUCCCUGCGCUGCUUUCCUUCAUGCAGAAAUACUUCAAGGUUCUGCCUGUGUCCGAUUCCCUUGCGUGCUUUCCUCAUUGCAGAAAUACUUCCAAGUUCUGCCUGUGUCCGAUUCCCUGCGUGCUUUCCUCAUGCAGAAAUACUUCAAGUUCUGUCUGUGUCCGAUUCCCUGCCUCGCAUAUUCCCAUAACUCCAGAAGCUGGCACCGGACCGGCCUUUCCGUGCCAGUAUGCGUCCAGUGCCCCCAUUCGUUAGAGCAGGUAUCCAGUUCCCAGCAGGUGCCAAUACCCUUUGAUUUUCACUCUCGGUCGAUAGGCAGACCGACUCCCAAGCAAAGACCGACUCCCAAGCAAAGACCGACUCCCAAGCAAAGACCGACUCAGACUCCCAAGCAAGACCGACUCCCAAGCAAAGACCGACUCCCAAGCAAAGACCGAACUCCCAAGCAAUCUCCCAAGCAAAGACCGACUCCCAAGCAAAGACCGACUCCCAAGCAAAGCCGACUUCCCAAGCAAAGACCGACUCCCAAGCAAAGACGACUAAGCACCGACUCCAAGCAAAGACCGACUGACUCCCAAGCUGACCGACUCGACUACCGACUCCCAAGCAAAGACGACUCCCAAGCGAGGCGACCGACUCCCAAGCAAGACCGACACCAAAGCAAAAGACCGACUGACUCCCAAGCAAAGGCCGACUCCAAGCAAAGACCGACUCCCAAGCAAAGAGACUCCAAGCAAAGGCCGACUCCAAAACAAAGACCGACUCCCAAGCAAAGACCGACUCCCAAGCAAAGACCGACACCAAAGCAAAGACCGACUCCCAAGCAAAGACCGACUCCCAAGCAAAGACCGACUCCCAAGCUCCCAAGCAAAAGACCGACUCACAAGCAAAGACCGACUCCCAAGCAAAAACAAGCAAAACGCAAGCGACCGACUCCCAAGCAAAGACCGACUCCCCAACCGACUCCCAAGCAAAGACCGACUCCCAAGCAAAGGCCGACUCCAAGCAAAACCGAACAAAGACCGACUCCAAGCAAAGGACCGACUCCAAGCAAAGACCGACUCCAAGCAAAGACCGACUCCCAAGCAAAGACCGACUCCCAAGCAAAGAAGAGCCGACUCCCAAGCAAAGACCGACUCACAAGCAAAGACCGACUCCCAAGCAAAGACCGACUCCCAAGCAAAGACCGAACCAAAGCAAAAGACCGACCCAAGCAAAUACCGACUCCCAAGCAAAAGACUCCCAAGCAAAGACCGACUCCCAAGCAAACCGACUUCAAAAGACCGACUCCAAGACCGACUCCCAAGCAAAGACCCAAGCAAACCGACUCCCGCCGAAAAAGACCGACUCACAAGCAAAGACCGACUCCCAAGCAAAGACCGACUCUCACAAGCAAAGACCGACUCCAAGCAAAGACCGACUCCAAAGCAAAGACCGCAAGCAAAGACCGACUCCCAAGCAAAGACCGACUCCAAGCAAAGACCGACUCCCAAGCAAGACCGACUCCCAAGCAAACCGACUCCAAGCAAAGACCGACUCCCAAGCAAAGACCGCAAGCAAAGACCGACUCCCAAGCAAAGACCGACUCCCAAGCAAGACCGACUCCCAAGCAAAGACCGACUAAAGACCGACUCACAAGCAAAGACCGACUCCCAAGCAAAGGGACUCCCAAGCAAAGACCACUCCAAGCAAAGACCGACUCACAAGCAAAGACCGACUCACAAGCAAAGACCGACUCACAAGCAAAGACCGACUCACAAGCAAAGACCGACUCCCAAGCAAAGACCGACUCCAAGCAAAAGACCGACUCCCAAGCAAAAGACUCCCAGCAAGACCGACUCCCAAGCAAAGACCGACUCCCAAGCAAAGACCGACUCCCAAGCAAAGACCGACUCCCAAGCAAAGGCCGACUCAAAGCAAGCAAACCGACUCCCAAGCAAAGACCGACACCAAGCAAAGACGACUCCCAAGCAAAGACCGACUCCCAAGCAAAGACGACUCCAAGCAAAGACCGACUCCGACUCCAACAAAGACCGACUCCCAAGCAAAGGACCGACUCCAAGCAAAGCCGACUAAGCAAAGACCGACUCCCAAGCAAAGACCGAGCCGACUUCGACUCACAAGCAAAGACCGACUCCAAGCAAACCGACCCCCAAGCAAACCGAAAGAGACCGACUCACAAGCAAAGACCGACUCCCAAGCAAAGACCGACUCCCAAGACCGACUCCCAAGCAGUGACUUCCCAAGCAAAGACCGACUCCCAAGCAAAGACCGACUCCAAGCAAAGACCGACAAGCAAAGACCGACUCUCCAAGCAAAGACCGACUCCCAAGCAAAGACCGACUCCGCCAAGCAACCGACUCCCAAGCAAGACCGACUCCCAAGCAAAGACCGACUCCCAAGCAAGACCGACUCCCAAGCAAACGACUCCAAGCAAACCGAAAGCCCGACUCCCAAGCAAAGACUCUCCAAGCAAAGACCGACUCCAAGCAAAGACCGACCCAAGCGACCGACUCCCAAGCAAGCACGUCCGACAAAUCACGAUGGAUUUCACCCGACAAUCCCAUCAGCUGUUCAGCCAAGGACGCAAGCGAUCAUCUCCUUCCAAGAAGUAA